CUCCCAGAGGACGGCUAUAAGAACGGCGGCGGGCGGCGGGCGAUCAGAGGCCACCCGACCGCGGGCACACGGUCACACGUGGGAAGGACAGGAAACCGCGGCUCAGGAGGUAAACAUGAAGGCGAUAUUUGGAGUGUUGUGUGUGGCGACGGCAGGACUGGCCGCCACACUUCCCAGCUCCUACGCUCCGCCUGCGACUCAGCCUGUGGCCAGCGCGGCGCCCGCCAGGGCACAGGAGAGCUACGUGCCGCCUGCAACUCAGCCUGCGACGGUGCAGGAGAGCUACGUCCCGCCUGCAACUGAGCCUGCAGCUCAGUCCGUAGCUCAGCCUGCAGCUAACGCUCCUGUCAGGGCACAGGAGAGCUACGUGCCGCCUGCGGCUCAGCCUGUGUCUCAGCCUGCGGCUAACGCUCCUGUGAGGGCACAGGAGAGCUACGUGCCGCCGCAGCCGGCGUCUCCUGAGGUGGUGUUCCCUCCGGACGGCGAGAGGGCGCCGUGGCACCCCGACCCGCGCCAGAAGCCCUCUCAGCCGCUGGUGGUGAGCGGCAGCGCCCCUCAGCCCGGCGCCGGGUACGUGCCCCCGGCCCCGGCGGCUCCCUCAGCCCCCCUGGAGACCUAUGUGCCCCCGACGGUGCCCACACAGCCGCCCCAGCAGUCCUACGUGCCGCCCGCCUACUAAGCAGGGCCAGUUUGAAAAGAGGGAGGACGCGGAGACGAUCAGUGUCUGAGGAGGUAACAGCGUGACGUCACAUCAGAAAUGACGUCACAAUGGCCGGCAGCGGGACCUCGGGAAGGGCGACGACCCUGAACUGCGCGCCCGGUCUGCUACCAACCGACCGACCGACCGAGGCGCUGCGAGCGGCCGAUGUUGUGAUAUAAGAACGAUCCCUGCGGUGCGUGAGUAAUGUGAAUAUAGUGCAACUUGUGUCCGACAAUAAUUGUUAUCCACUGUGAAUGCAGACACGUUUGGAUACGGAGAACCAGAGCAGUGCACGAAACAUGUUUUUUUUUGUCGUGAAAACCGAGUUAAACAGUUAAGCGACAAAUUGGGUGAUGGAUAUACGUGUAACCGUACCUAUAAAUCAAAAGAUAAGCUCUAA